AGUAGACGAUGAUGUGUGCCAUUCCUUAUUAAUGAUUAGUGAGCAUUAUUGAUCCCCGUGAUUUUGUUUGUAUGAAGGCCUCUUUGUUUAAAUAUCAGCUCAGUGUCCGGCGUUUCAUGUUCUGAAAUCCUCUACCUGGAAAGAAUUUUCUUCUCCGUUCCGAAUGAGACGCCUUGAAGGGCAAGAACUGGUGUCGAAACUUUGUCUUCUUGCGAUGCUGCUGCCACUGCUGCUGUGCUUUUUCCUAACGACAAGCCUGGUCACUGGUUACCGCAGUCCCCUGAACGACUUCCAGCGGUCGGAGGGCCGAGAGCUGGUCCCCACUUCUUGGAACUCGGCCCACGUUGUCACGUUGUUGGUCCUUAACGUGGAAGACUGCGCUGCACGGUGCUCGAUCUCACUAGACUGCAGAGCGUUCAACUACGAAACGCGGCCAACAAUCACAUGCAAACACCUGCGCUGGGUGGGAGAUGGCAGCAACGCCGAGGUUAAACGCAACGUCAACUGUGACCUUUACGAGAAGAAAGUCUACGUUCGCAAGUGCAUCGUGGGUAAAGGCGAAGACUACCGCGGGAAGGUGUUCACUACCCGAAGCGGACUCACCUGCCAGCAAUGGUGGUCCAAGUUCCCUCACGAUCACAGGUGGACUCCUUCACCAAGCAACGGCUUGGAGCUGAACUACUGUCGAAAUCCAGACGGGGAUCGCAUCGGGCCGUGGUGCUACACCACUGACCCCGAGCGACGGUACGAAAGUUGCAGCAUCCCUCAGUGCAAAGACGACGUGUGCAUCACAUGUAACGGCGAAGACUACAGAGGGCAGGUAGACCACACGGUAAGCGGAAGGGAGUGCCAACGCUGGGACCAGCAGUACCCUCACCAGCACAUCUACCAGCCCGAAAAGUACCCUGACAAGAGUCUGGAUGACAACUACUGCCGUAACCCGGACGCCUCGCCUGUGCCGUGGUGUUAUACAACGGACCCCAACGUGGAGCGAGAGAGCUGCGAAAUCAGGAAAUGCACUGAGGUGCGCGUGGAAAAACGUCAACGCUCCAGCUUCACCACCAACUGUUUCCGUGGCCGCGGGGAGGAUUACCGUGGCAGAGUCAACGAGACCACGUCAGGCAUCCCUUGCCAGCGCUGGGACGCGCAGUAUCCUCACGAGCAUCCCUUCUACCCCAACACAUACGAAUGCAAGGGCUUGGAGGAGAACUACUGCCGCAACCCGGAUGGCUCCGAGGCCCCCUGGUGCUUCACGUCCGUGCCAGAGAUGAGGACUGCCCUGUGCCUGCAGAUCAAGCGCUGUGCGGAUGACAUUGACGCAGAGGAUUGCUACCAUGAAAACGGAAGAAACUACCGAGGCAUGGUGCGCAAAACACGCAAGGGCAUCACCUGCCAAAAAUGGAACGUGAACACGCCUCACCUUACCAGAAUAAAUCCCAGAACGCAUCCCGAAGCCAACUUGACCGAGAACUACUGUCGUAACCCAGACGGGGACCAACACGGUCCCUGGUGCUACACCAUCGACUCCAAAACUGAGUUUGACUACUGUGCCAUCAAACAAUGUGCUGGAGAGAAAGUAUCCCUCACGGAAACAGUUGAGAAAGUUGAGUUCAGUGAGUGUGGGAAACGAGAGGCCCGCUUCCAGAGUAGCAGGUUACGCAUCGUAAAUGGCAUACCUGGGAACUCGCCAUGGACGGUUAGCCUCAGAGACAGGAAAGGAAACCAUUUUUGCGGAGGCGCCCUGGUGGACGCCAGAUGGGUCAUCAGCACCAAGCAAUGUUUCUCCUCCUGCUACGUGGAUCUGCCCGGCUACUCGGCCAUGCUGGGCACCUUGUUCCGUGAUCCACAGGAUGGCGAACCUGGCGUACAGACCAUCCCUCUCACCAAGAUCGUCUGCGGACCUUCUGAGUCUCAGCUGGUCAUGCUGCAGCUGGAAUCCCCAGCCCAGUUUAACGAGCGCGUCUCUCAGAUCUGUCUGCCUCCUGAACGCUACAUCGUGGCUGAAGGGACCAUUUGUGAGAUAGCAGGAUGGGGCGAGACCAGAGGCACCGGAGAUGAGACCGUCUUGAACGUGGCCCAUAUUCCGGUGCUCAGUAAUAAGGACUGCAACAAAUAUUUCCGAGGUCGGGUCCGGGAGAACGAGAUGUGCACCAGUUCCUUCCAGGGAGGGGUUGGAGCUUGCGAGAGAGACUACGGUGGCCCGUUGGCAUGCCAGAACCAUGACUGCUGGGUUCUGGAAGGUGUGAUCAUCCCCAUGCGGCGCUGCGGACACGCGGGCCAACCCAGCAUCUUCAUCCGGGUGUCGGUCUAUGUGGACUGGAUCAAGAAGGUCAUGGGCUUUGCUUAGGAAAGAAAAAUGGAGUAUUUGUUGUUAUGAUGUUUUCGGCUAUUUUUAUUUUUAUGAAUGCUUACUACAUUGCGGCAAAUUUGACACUUGAAUUUUGGCUUGCAAGACAAAGCAAAAAAACCAAACUAAGCAACAGCUUGAUCGUUCAUCUAUCUAAGGCACACAUACAGAGUGCAAAGUUGCUAAGGUGAAUAUUGCAAGAUUGUACCAUUUGACUUGCAGUAUAAACUUGCUUAACCUUAGUAAUAAUUCGACUUGACUUUCUUGAGAUUGAGUGAAGCCUCGACUUGCUUGAUUUUUUUUUUGCCUCAGUAGCUUGCUUGAAACUUGAAGGUUAAGACAUGACCUAUUUGUAAUGGAGUGUUACUUUAACACUAAAUGUAUUGGUUUUAUUUUUGGAAUGUAUAAUUAAUUAAACAUCAAAAAGAAGUGAACUGUUACGCCCACAAUGGUUUCAUACAAUAAAAAGUGCCUUGACUUUUUUUGAAAUACUGGCCGUCGUUCCACCAACUUUUUUUUUUGCCACUCUCAGUUAUACACUUUAUCUUCCACGUAGAACGACAAAUAUUAGUGCCGUACUGAUAAUCUCAGAGAGCAGUUCAAAAUACACCAUGAUGGGUUAAGAGUGCACGCCUGAGAGAGCAGUGUGAGGAAAAAACGGUUUAAUUCAUUUUAAUUGAGUUUAAUGAUGUCAUUACUGUUUGUUUUUGCAACGUACCACCAUGACUUGCUCCCACCACUUCUUCAUUGUAUGCACCAGCUAACUCCCCAGUGUGAAUUGAAUGGAGCUCCACAGCACCUUGUGCGCACCCACCCCUGACCCCACCCCCUUCCACCCAUCCCCACCCUUACUCUCUCGAAAAGAAAUCCCUCUUGAGUCGGUCUUUUGAUGGCGGCCCCCCAACCUCUAAAGACACGCCUUUGUGCCUAAUGCCCCACUGUAUGCGCUGCACAUUCUUUCGAGUUCUAUAGGAGGAUUUUUGCAACACGCCGCCGAUGAGCCCACGGAAUUUAGCUUAAAUAAACCUCAAGAUGAGGAGUUCCAAAAA